AUGGAAAAUAAGAGCAGUGUGACAUAUUUUUUCCUUGCUGGAUUCUCUGUUUCUGUGGAACUGCAGCUGUUUCUAUUUGUGGUUUUUCUUACCGUUUAUCUCCUUACUGUGACUGCCAAUGUUGCCAUAAUUAGUUUGGUCCGGUCAGACUCAAGGCUUCACACUCCUAUGUAUUUCUUGUUAGGCCAGUUGUCUUUCCUGGAGAUCUGGUACACAUCAACCAUUGUCCCUAAACUCUUGACCAAUUUGGCAGGCUGGAAAUAUAUAUCUUUGUCUGGUUGCCUGAGUCAAACUUAUUUCUACUUCUCAUUGGGUUCCACAGAAUUUUUUCUGCUGGCCGUGAUGGCUAUAGAUCGUUACCUGGCUAUAUGCAACCCUUUGCGCUAUACAUCUAUCAUGAAUGGUCAGGUGUGUAUAAUUGCAGCUUCCUCUUGCUGGUUACUCGCCUUUUUCUCUGUCUUUUUCUUGGUGUUUUUAAUAUCGCAGCUAAAUUUCUGCCAGCCCACCAUCAUUAACCAUUUCUUCUGUGAUAUUCCACCUCUUCUUAGACUGUCUUGCACGGAAACCUUUUUGGAGGAUAUUAUGGUUUUCUUUUUUGCUUGUAGUAUUAUCCUUACCUCCCUGUUUCUUACAGUUGUAUCCUACAUUCUCAUCAUUUCUACCAUCUAUAAAAUUCCCUCCAACAAAGGGCGGAAAAAGGCCUUUUCCACUUGUGCUUCCCAUUUCAGUGUUGUCUCCAUUUUGUAUGGGACAGUCAUUUUUAUCUAUGUAAGGCCAAAUGUUUCAAAUUCAGUGGAUGUCAACAAGGUUCUGGGUAUUUUCAACACUGUGGUGACACCCCUGCUUAACCCUGUCAUUUAUUGUCUGAGAAAUAAAGAAGUUAAAAUGGCUCUAAGGAAAGUAAUGAAAAAGAAGUUGGGAACCACCAAGAUAUGCAAUUUUAGAUAA